CGGCGAGUUGGAUCUACUGUGGCAAAGCCGGUCACGGCGAGCUACUCUCCUUCUCAUUGUCCAUCGCUAUAUUCUUCCUCUUCCUCAUCUCACGGGCUGCAGUAGGGGAUAAUCUGAGAGCAAAGAUUUGAUCGAGCAGGUUGAGUAAGAGCAAACAAAGGAAUGGACAGUAGCAUCUCUGCGAAUAAGUUUUAGCUUGCUCAUUCAAAACUCUCAAGUAAUAUCUUAACUUUGUUUAUUUCCAGCUAGAAAUGGAUGAUAUAAAUGCUGAUAACUUGACAGAAGCCGGAGCUUCAUCUAUUUCUGCAUCUUCUAAGAAAACUAGAUUCACUAGUAAUGUUUGGGAGUUUUUUGAAAGGGUUCAAGUUAAUGAGCAUGGAAGUAUGGUACCAAAAAAUAAAUGUGGGGUUUGUAAGGCAUUGCUUAGAGGUGGUGCAAGUGCUGGUACUAGUCAUUUAAGAAGGCAUUUACAAAUUCAUGAAAAAGGGCAGAAAAGAUUAGGUAUAGAUAGUUCUGGAAAUAUCACUAGUUUUGCUUACGAUAAGAAUGUUGCACGUAAAGAACUUGUUGAUUAUGUUAUUAGAGCUGAACUGCCUUUUACUUUUGUUGAAAAACAUGAUUUUAAAGGAAUGAUUAGUCGAGGAUUUUGUCCUCAAUCUCGUUACUGAAGUUACAAUUUUUUUUAUUUCAUUUUUUUAAGACAACUAAGGAACCUAAUCAAUUCAACCAAGAUGUCAUCACCAGUCCUCAAAAUAAACAAAAACUUAGCAGCAAUAAGCACUGUACAUACCUACAAUUCAUUCUCUGCUUGGUAAAAAAAUCCAAGUAUGUAAAUGAAAACUGAACCCAGAAAACAGAGGAACAUCUGGUCCUAUGCUGUUUUCGACUUUACCAGGAAAGUGGUAUACAUUUAUAAAUUAAGCUAUAAGAGUUCUGAAGUCAAUCGCAUAAGUAAGAGUCAACAUCAAUUCCCAAACAAACAGAAGACUGAAAAAGCUCCAAAUCAUACCCACCUUAUCCACCUAAAUUAAAAUGGUAACAGAGAAUAAUAUUGAAGUUGUAUAAAUUGCAAGAUUAUAUGUACCAUCACCUUAAAAACCGGAAACCUAAACUUGUGACGGAAUUCCAAUCUUAGUUCUAUCAAUUUACAUCAACCUCUUAAAGCUUUGAAGCACCGCUAACCUUGAUUCAUACUUCUCCUAGUUUCAACAGCGAUAUACAGUACCUAGGAGUGUUCUAUAUCGAUUUCAAAAAAUACCUCAUGAUUUGACAGACUCCUCUCAUCUUCAGCUCUGGAAUCGUAAACAGAAUCAGAGUCUACUUCCUCCGGUUGCUGUUUUUCUUGUUUUGCUUCAGGAAUCUUCAUCUUCCCCUUCCCCUUUUGCUUCUUCUGUUGUUCUUUCACCGAGUCUGCCGCAACAGAGCUCUUCUUCUUAACCUUCAUUCUUUCUCCUUCAGCAAUAAAUUAACAAAAUCAACUUGACCCAAUACGGUAGAACAACACAAUAACCUUCAAAGAUGCGAUUUUUCGAUUCUCAUUGUAAUCCAAUGAAUCACAUUGAGCAACAAAUAUAGUGAGUAACUUAACCAAAUAAUCAAACAGUACAUCUCAGAAGAACACAAUAAGCUCAAAGUUUGCGAUUUUGGGUUCUAAUAGUAAUAUCUAGCUGUAAAGCUUGGCUCAAAACAAAACCUUACAGUAUGAAAUUGGCAGAAUCAAGCUGAAAGAAAAAGGUAUCGAGAAAUUGAAAACGUUAAUCAAAGUAUCUGUUACCUAAGAAGAAGAACAAGAGAGGCAAGGGCGUCCGAGAGGGUGAGGCGUCCGCGCCGAAGAGUGUACCUCAGGGCCGGCGACGUGGGGAGGGAGAGAGUAAAAGCGGGGAUGUGAGGUUUAGGGUUUUCGGCCUGUUUAAACCCUUCUGGUCAUUUUAGUAGAACGUCUUUUCUCACUUUUUUUAAUUUUAGUGGUUUUAUUAAAACUUUUAAUAAAACCACCGUAUCCGGGGCGUAUCCGGUACGAUACGCCCCGGAUACGCCCGGAUACGUGUAUCAUGAUUUGGAUACGAUUUGGAUACGUCCGUAUCCUAUGUGGAUACGUAAUUACGUAAAUAAACUGGAUACGUGGGGGUACAUUUGGGUUUUUACCCUUAAAAAAAAAAACAAAAACAGAAGACUACAGAUCGACCUAACUCACCGCCGCUUCGCUUAAUCGAUCGUUCACUCGUUCCUCUCUUCUCAUCUUCUUCGCAAGUCGCAGCUACCACCUACAGAGUUCUCAUCUACUUCGUUUCGCUUGGAGCUUCAAUCAAACUCGCUCCGGAUAUGUCUGGUGGUGAAGGAUCUGACUUAGAGGAUUAUCCAUCAAUCAGAGACAGAGACUCGGAAGAUGAAGAGAGUGGUUCCUCUGAAAAUGAGGGUGAGCUCUACACCAGCAGAAAUGAUGGUUUGGCCAUUGAUCAUGGUAAUGAGGAGGAAAGUGAUAGUUCUGGACUUCAUGAAGCAGUCGAGGAAAGUGAUUCAUCUGAAGAUGAGGUUGCUCCCCGAAAUACAAUUGGUGCUGUUCCCUUGGAGUGGUAUCGGGAUGAGAAACAUAUUGGUUAUGAUCUUACAGGGAAGAAGAUUAAAAAGAAGGAAAGAGAAGAUAAAUUACAAUCCUUUCUUGCUAGUGCUGAUGAUUCCAAAAAUUGGCGCAAAUUUUUGGAUGAAUACAAUGACGAGGAAGUAGAAGUGACAAAAGAAGAUAUGAAAACUAUAAAUAGAUUGCUUGAAGGAAAGGCGCCACACGGUGACUUUGAUCCAUAUGCGCCUUAUGUUGAUUGGUUUAAAUGGGAUGACUCAAAGCAUCCACUGUCAAAUGCCCCUGAACCCAAGAGACGAUUCAUUCCUUCAAAAUCUGAAAGUAAACUGGUGAAGAGGUUAGUAUUAGCAAUUCGGAAGGGUUUAAUUAAGCCUACAAAGGAUGAAGAAGAGGAAGAAGAAAGUGUUUAUCCCUUGUGGGGAGACGACUCUAAUUCAACGGAAAAGGAUGGUAGCCAUUUAUCUUACAUUCCAGCGCCAAAGCCAAAAUUGCCAGGGUAUGAGGAGUCCUUCAAUCCUCCUCCGGAAUUCAUCCCAACACAAGAAGAGAUUGAUGCUUAUCAGUUAAUGUAUGAGGAAGACCGCCCUAAGUUUAUACCGAAAAGGUUUACAUCUAUGAGAAGCAUCCCUGCAUAUGAGAAUGCUAUUAAGGAGUGCUUCGAAAGAUGUUUGGAUCUAUACUUGUGCCCCAGAGUUCGGAAGAAACGUAUCAAUAUUGAUCCUGAAUCUCUGAAGCCCAAGCUACCAAGCCGAAAGGAUCUCAAGCCUUAUCCUGUGAAAUGUUAUCUAGAGUAUAGAGGUCACAAAGACACAGUUACAUCAGUUUCCACAGAAGCUUCAGGGCAGUGGAUUGCAUCAGGUUCAUCGGAUGGAACUGUGCGUAUUUGGGAGGUUGAAACUGGUAGAUGUCUCAAACUCUGGGAGAUUGGAGAAGCUGUCACAUAUGUAGCUUGGAAUCCCAAUCCUGAGUAUUCCGUAUUGGCUGUCUCUGUGGGACAAGAUGUACUUAUUCUCAACACUGGUUUUGGGAAUGAAGAAGUACAGAAAAAAACUAAAGAACUUCUUUCGGCUGAAAGACCUACCACACCAGAUGACACGGCUACCUUCGUGAGCUGGAUUCAAGAUGAAACACAUGAGGGCACCAGGUUAAGACAUUUUAAGACUGUGUCUUCAGUGGAAUGGCAUCGUAGAGGAGACUACUUUUCAACGGUGGUGCCAGCAGGCCAAUCGAAAUCAAUUUUUAUGCAUAGGCUCUCUCAGAAGUCUACCCAGACAUUUUCAAUCAAGUUGGGUGGGCUUGCAGUUACUUCAGUUUUCCAUCCUGUUCGCUCCCACAUCUUCAUUUCUACAAAGAAAACUAUUCGCCAAUAUGAUUUGGUGAAGGGAAAGCAAAUCAGAAAGCUUGAUACAGGACUAAAAGAAAUCUCCUCCAUUGCAGCUCAUCCUUCUGGUGAUCAUGUAAUUGUGGGGAGCAGAGAAGGAAAAUUUUGUUGGUUUGAUAUGGACCUUUCAACCAAAAAACCUUACCUUAUUCGCCAGUGGCAUAAGAAGGACAUCAACAAUGUGUCUAUCCAUCGUUUAUAUCCGUUGUUUGCAACAUGCUCUGAUGAUUGCGCUGUACAAGUUUCUCAUGGCAUGGUUUAUUCAGAUCUUAACCAGAACCCUCUUAUAGUUCCACUGGAAAUACUCCGAGGUCAUGCAAGCUCAGAUGGGAGAGGUGUAAUGGAUUGCAAAUUCCACCCAAGGCAGCCCUGGUUGUUCACGGCCGGUGCUGACUCGGUGAUCAGACUUUACUGCGAUUGAGAAGAAAAGAGAUGAAAUUGCAUUCAUACACAGUACUUAUUGAUCUAGCAUCAUCAGUUGGGUCACAAUUUUCUGUGCUCCGAAAUCUAAAUACAUUGUUCAUCUUUUGGAUGUCUAGUAUCAAUAAUUGUUCAAUCCCAAUUUUGACACCAUACAACUGGUCCUUAUUAAAUUUGUUUUCCUUUUCUAUU